AUGGUCGUAUCAAGCCGGCCCCCGAAAAACCGCUUCGUCGCGGCGAUGCGCAAGAUCUACAACCCCGUGGGUUUCAGCAAAGGCUACAACUUCGUCCUAUGGUUCAUCUUCUCCGGCGCGAUGCUGGGCUUCUGCCUCGCACGCUUCAUGUACCUCAACUACGACGGCGUCUACUGUCCCCGCCAGGCGGGCGUGAGCGACGCGGCGGUGCCCGGCGAGUGCUGGACGUACGACAGCAAAACCUACCUGCUCGUGGGCAUCAAGAUGCACCUGUACUGCAUCCUGCCGGCCGCGUUUCUGGCUUGCUUCCAGUUCGUGCCGGCGAUCCGACACAGGCUCAUCCUCGCCCACCGCCUCAAUGGAUAUCUGAUUCUUCUGCUGAGCGUCCCCGGGACUAUAGGCUGCGUCAUGGUCUCCAGGCAUGCCUUUGGUGGUGGCGUUGACAUUCAGGUUAUCGUCGGCCUCAUGUCCAUUAUGUUCCUCGGCGCGCUGGGCAUUGCGCUGUACAAUGUCAAGAUGCUGCAGCUGGAGCAGCAUCGCGCGUGGAUGCUUCGAGCGUGGUUCUACGCUGCGAGCAUCAUCACCUGCCGAAUGAUCAUGGGCCUCUCCGCAAUCAUCACGUCGAUGCCAUCCAUGGGACCGUACUACUACGCCAAGCCGUGCGACCUUCUCGCGACCUUCUUCAACAGCACCAACGCAUUGGAGGCCAAAUAUCCGGUAUGCAAGUCGGCGGGGGCGUGGGCGGCCGUCAAGGCAGACCUAAGUGGCGGCGACGAAUUGACAAGCGCGUCGCUCAAUAUGACGUUUGGAAUGGCGCUGUGGCUGGCGCUUGCUCUUCAUGCUAUUGGCAUCGAGUUCUACCUGCAGCUUACGCCUGCCGAGUCUGAGCGCCUUCGCAACGUGUCGUACCAGCGACAGCUUGAGGCGGGACACAAGAACCCUGGGCGAUCUGGAUUGACGGCCGACCGAAUCGGAGAUUCUGCGCUAUGGAUGCCCAGCCGCGACUGCGAAAAUGACCUCGGUUCCAAUAUCGCGUUGGUAGACCAGUCAAAGAACAGUGCAGCAACAGCGCAGUCUUCGACAACUGCGAGCUAA